CCUAAGGCAAGGUCACGUGGGUACUACCUAGCGCUGCUCUCAGUGCUGAUUGGGCGGCCAGAGCCCGUAACGGUGUGUGAGGGGGGAAACGAAACCUACAAGUUAUUAUUGAGAACCACGUGGUACUAGGCUGCCCGCGGCUUCUCUCUCAUCUCUGCCUCAGUGUAACCCGACCUGUCACUCAUGAGCAUUUCUGAAGCCGACCACUAGAUGGCGCUCAUAUACAGAUACGCCUCUCACUGCACGUCAGCAGUUCCUCAGUCUGAUCGCGAGGUGUCUGGCCUGACCGGGAACCUGUUCGACGCUGUUACUGUUGUUACGGGAAGACAUUUCUGAGUGCACCGCCUUUAUUUGCUGCCUUCCUGGUGCCAAAGACUUGACCUGGUGAAUAUGAAUUAAAGUCUCUCCUAUUCGCCCAGCACCAGAGAAUACUUGCUCCUUACCAACAUGGAGGAUCAGUUGUCUGAGCCGGAACCAGAACCAGAAAUAUUACUGAUAAAGAUAAAGGAGGAGCAGGAAUCCGACUAUGACGAUUAUGAGAACCUAACAGAAAGCUCUGGUUCUGAUGGGGGGGAUUUGGAGGAGAGCAAGGAAGAUUCCUUGGGACUAUCACCAGGUUGCAUUAAAGAAGACAAUGGUAUAAAUGAUGAGGGGAAUAAGGAGCAGAGCACCCCAGAUGCCAGUGACUGUUCUGAUACAAUGGAUGUGGCCCAGGGGCCGGCGCAGCACAAAGCAGCCAGUAACUCAGAGUGCGAGUCUGGCAGGAGGAAAGCAGAAGGCUCCGUGAGCUCAGAAGUGUCAGGAUUUAUCUGCAAUAAAUGCGGCAUUAGCUUUUCUGUCAACUGGGAGUUCCUCACGCACGUGUGCAGCAGCAGCAGCGCAUGGAGUGAAACUGACAGAGAACUGAGAGAGGGGGACAGUAAUUCCCAAACCCACCAUUCCGCCAGCACAGAGACGUUCCACUGCAGGGAAUGCGGCAGAGACUUUGUUGUUAAGCUGGCGCUCAUGGAACAUAUGAAGACGCACAAAAAAGCGAAACCAUUCGAAUGCUCAGAAUGCGGGAAACUGUUUGUGCAGAAAAGCAGCCUACGGAUUCACCUGAAAACCCACAGCGAGGAGAAACCAUUCACCUGCACGGAAUGUGGGAAGGGCUUCACCCAGAAGGUGUCGCUGCUCAAUCACCGAAACAUCCACGCGGGACUGAAACCUUUCAAAUGCUCAGAGUGCGGCAAAGGCUUUGCCCAGAAAUCCGCACUCCGCAGUCACCAGACUAUUCACACGGGGGCGAAACCCUUCAAAUGCACAGAGUGCGGCAAACACUUCAAUAAAAAGAGCAACCUGCUGAACCACCAGAAAAUUCACACUGCAGAGAAGCCAUUCACCUGCACUGAGUGCGGCAAGAGCUUUGCCCAAAAGGCCACUCUUCACAAUCACCAGAGCAUUCACACCGGGGAGAAACCCUGCUCCUGCGCAGAAUGCGGCAAGGUCUUUGGUCGCAAGAGCACCCUCCAAAGGCACCUGAAAACCCACGGGGAAGAGAAGCUGUUCUCAUGUCCAGACUGUGGGAAAAGCUUUUCCCAGAAACCCGCGCUGCGCAUACAUAUGAGCAUUCACCCACCCAAGAAACCCUUUACUUGCACAGAGUGCGGAAAGUGCUUUGCCUUUAAAGAAAACCUUCAGAAACACCAGAGCAUUCACGCGGUGCAGAACACUUGCGUCGGCUGCGGAAAAUGGGUGGUUCAGAUGGGAGAGAAAAGGUUCAAGUGUGCCAAGUGCGGAAGGAAAAUCCCGAUCAGCGAAUUGCUCUUCAAAUGCCCCGUGUGCGGCCGCGUCUUUCCUCGGAAAAGCGAACUGGUGAAUCAUCAGAAGGUUCACAUAAGGGAAGCGCUUUUCCAGUGCUCGGUGUGCGGGAACGACUUCUUCAGGAAGAGCGACCUGGCCAUUCACCAGAAAGUUCACGAAAGGGAAAAACUUUUCAGGGAGGCUGAAGGAGGGGGGGAGGUGCCGAAAAAAAAGAAAAAACUUAAGAAACGCAGGGCAGCUUGCUCAGGUGGGGCGGGAGGGGAUGAAGUGGGGGUUUCAGAGAACACCACCUGAGAUUAAACAGUCUCUGAGUGCUCCGUAUACUAAGCACUUCCCUAACAGCUUCCCCAGCACAAACAGUUAAAGGGAUACUGUCAUGGGAAAAAAUGUUUUUCUUCAAAACACAUCAGUUAAUAGUGCUGCUCCAGCAGAAUUCUGCGCUGAAAACUUUUUUUUUUUUUUCAAAAGAGAAAACU